AUUAAAUUCAGAAGAAGAAGAAGAAGUCUUCUCUGUGCGUAGAGGAAGCUAAUGCUAAGCUGUUAGCCACCUACCGUACAACAUUCUGGCUGUGAUCGCGCUGUAAAUAGUGCAUAUGUUGUUUUUGCUGUCUUAAUAUCCGUGUAUCGUGUCCGAAGAAACGCGGAUCCUCGGCGGAUAUUUGUGUGUGUGUUCAUCGCUGACUUUGGUGGAAUAUGGCGGACGGCGGGCAUUACUACAACGAACAUGACGACAGAACCGCCCCACAUUUCCGCAGCCGCAAAGGCAAAGGCUCUCACAAAGGUCGCUCAUUUGACAGAUCCCGCAGGGACCGCCAGCGGGGAGGUCACUCAGGCUUUGGGGUUCCUGGACCACGGUUUCGGCUUGAAGAUAAUGAUGGAGAUAUAACUAUGAGCGACAAUUCUCAAGACAGCACCCAGAACAGAUUCAAUCCUUAUGGAAGACCCUUUCGAAAAGGAGAUGGAAGGUUUGACAGAGACAGACGAUCAGGCAAAGGCGGAGGUGGUGCUCGAGUAGGUGUUUCCUUUAAAGGAGGAGCUCAAAGUGGAGGAGGAAAAAGCCAAUCGGGGUGGUACAAAGUGACGAUACCACAUGGUAGAAAAUAUGACAAGAAGUGGUUGUUGACUGCUUUACAGAACAUCUGUUCAGUACCUUACAGAGCUGUAGAGUACCAUGUUGAGCAUAGUAGAGCCCAUUUCUACGUGGAUGAUUCCUCUGUUGCCGCUGCUCUGCGCAAAUGUUCUCACAAGAUUACUGACACAGACGGUUAUAAGGUGGAAGUGCACAUCAACCCCAGUCCUGCUCCUUCUUUCUUCCUCUCCGACCUGAAGCCUGAACAUUUGGAACACCUGAAGCAAUGCAUGGCAAAACGUUUUGAUGGCUCCCAGCAAGCCCUUGACUUGAACAACAUUCGAACAGACCCAGAUUUGGUGUCUCAGAACAUUGAAGUUAUCCUGAAUAGGAAAACCAGUGUAGAAGCUGUCUCCAAAAUCAUUGAAGAAAACAUUCCUGAGCUUGCAUGCUUGAACCUGAGUAACAAUCGGAUUCACAAAUUGGAUGAAUUAGCUGAAAUGUUUACCAAGAUGCCUCACCUGAAGAACCUCAACCUUUCUCACAAUGAGCUAAAGACUGACCGAGAGCUGGACAAAGUGAAAGGUCUGAAGCUGGUGGAACUGUGGCUUGUUCGGAAUCCUCUGUGUAACCUUUUCAAGGAUCAGGCCUCAUACAUCAGUGCUGUUCGCGAGCGACUUCCCAGGAUUCUUAAACUUGAUGGUCAUGACCUCCCGCCUCCCAUUGGAUUUGAUGUAGAAACCCUCACUGCCAUCCCACCUUGCAAGGGCAGCUGUUUUGGCUCUGAUGAAAUCAAGGCACUCAUCCUUCGCUUCUUGCAGCAGUACUACAAUAUAUACGACUCAGGAAACAGGCAGCCUCUACUGGAUGCUUACCAUGAUGGAGCAUCUUUGUCCCUCACAACACCGUACUCCUCCCUAAACCCAUCGAGAUCCAGUCUGGGAGAGUACCACAAAGACAGUCGGAACCUUAAGCGUGUCAAAGACCCCACAAUGCGGUUUCGCCUGCUGAAGCACACACGUUUAAACGUGGUGGCUUUCCUCAACGAGUUGCCCAAAACCCAGCAUGACACUGCCUCCUUUACUGUUGACGUAAACACCUACACAAACACCCUACUGUCGUUCACAGUGAAUGGAUUUUUCAAAGAAGUUGCGGUGGAUGGAAAAUCACGAGACUCCACAUUGGCUUUCUCUCGCGUUUUCAUCACAGUCCCUGCAGGGAAUUCUGGUUUGUGCAUUGUGAAUGACCAACUGUUCAUCCGAUUGGCUACAACCGAGGAGAUUCGCCGAGCCUUUGUGGCUCCUGCCCCAACCCCAUCUUCGAGCCCUGUCCCAACUCUUACUGCACCACAGCAGGAGAUGCUCUCAGCCUUCUCUCUGAAGUCUGGUAUGAAUCUGGAGUGGUCCCAAAAGUGUCUGCAAGACAAUGAGUGGGAUUUCAACAGAGCAGCACAGAUCUUCACUCAGUUGAAGAACGAUGGCAAGAUCCCCGAUGUUGCAUUUAUAAAGUGAAGAAUUGCAUUGCAUCUGAAUACUUUUUUAUUUAUAUGAUCUUUGUUUUUUUUUUUUCCUGUUGUAUAAAAAGGUUAUGUAGCUCCAUUUGGCUUUUGUGUAUACUGUUGCUUUCUCUUAAACUACCAGAUGUCCGUUAUUUGACUUAGAUUUGACUCAGAUUAUACUAUUUUGAUUCCUAAUGUUCCAAAUGUGACUUUAGUAAUUUGUAAUCACUACAUUUAAUAUGGGAAUAAGACAAAUGGCCGAAUGUGUUUUCAACUUUGUUGUCACAAUAAACAGACAAUUUAAAAAA